ACAGAGGCGAAAUGGAAGCCCAGAGAUGGGAAUGCAUUUGUCCAAGGUCACACAGCAAAUGCAUGACUGCUGAGUGUUCCUUCUCUCACACUACAGGGCACCAGACUCCCUUAUUUGUAUCUCUGAUCGUUUGUUUCCAUACACAUGAUCAUCUCCUUUGAUCCUUGUAACUUCUGGGGAGGCAGAGGGCAACCAUCACCCCCAUCUUACAGGGGAGGAUUGUCAAGGAACAGAGCUGUCCAGGUGACUUGCCCAAGGUAAAGGCCAGAACCUAGAAUGUCCAGUUCCUGGUCCAGUGCUCCUUUAACCCCACCCAGUGUCACAUACAGGUUCUAGAAUGAACAUGUCAGUGCUGUGAGGUGGGUUCCAGGUGUAAAAGGGAGGGACUAUGAGGUGACAUUCUAGAAGGGUGGAGAGGGUUGGACAGGAGGCAGACGACUGUUCCCUCACAAACAGGGGCUUUGGGGCAGCCAUGUCCUACUUCACGUCUCCACCAACUCAUCCAGGUCUUCUGCCUUCGGGCCACGGUGGGGCUGCUUCUCCAGGCUCAUCCCUUGGCCUCUAUAGUCCUGCAGAGCCCGUGCUGGUGGCCUCUGGUGGACAAGGCCCACUGAGCCAGAAAGCUGAGCAGGUGACACCUGUUGCCCAGGCCUGGGGCCCGGCCCUGGCAGUGCUGGAAGCCAGGGGCUGCCCUGGGGGGGUUAGCUGGGAGCCAGCGCGGCGGAAGGACUACAGCCGAUACUGUCACAAACCCCCCCAGGCAAGGCAGCCGGAGAGCGUGGGCUGGGAGAAUGGCUGUUCCAGCAGAGCUCCCCACCUGGGCGGCCCCAGCAGGCCCCAGCCCCUGCUGCUGUGCGGGCUGUCACCGGGGGCUCUGCCGACGCCCUCUGAGGUGGGGGGGAAGGAGGCCGGCUCCCAGCCGGACAUCUGCAUCCUCACCCUGGCCAUGAUGAUCGCUGGCAUCCCUACUGUGCCCGUCCCAGGCCUAAGGGAAGAGGACCUGAUCCGGGCGGCUCAAGCUUUCAUGAUGGCCCAUCCGGAGCCGGAGGGGGCUGUGGAGGGGGCACGGUGGCAGCAGGUGAAGAGCCACACAGCCUUGGGGCCCAAGGCCCUAGUGAGAUCCAGGAGGGGCCAGCCCCCCGGCUCCUGCUUGUAGCUGGAUGAAAUAGCACCAGACACAGA